AUGGUAGCAAAGCGGGAUAUAACUGCAAGGAUGUGGUUCGCGCUGACUUGGAGAUUUGCUGAAAAGCUUCUGGCUGGUGGGCUGGGCGGAUGGACAGCGGAGCAGGAGGAGGCGGUGAUGGCCCCCAGCCACGCGUCCGCCUUCCAGCUGAGGCUCUGGGCCAGGGGACAGCAGAGCAAACUGGUGGCUGAGACCUGCGGCCAUGGGAUCCCUGUGCUCCACCGUCCAGGGAUGCUUAGCUGGAGCCUUCUCGACUCAACUUCAUCUCCUGCCCCGUGCUGGCUAAGCUUGGUCACCAGUCAGGUUACUGGGGCUCCUUCACUCCUGCGUCUAAACGUUGUGGUUGUGCUGGUGAGAUGGAACGAACCAUUCCAGAAAUUAGCAACCUGCGAUGCAGAUGGAGGAAUAUUUGUUUGGAUACAAUACGAAGGCAGAUGGUCUGUGGAGCUUGUGAAUGAUCGUGGGGCACAGGUAAGCGACUUUACAUGGAGCCAUGAUGGGACUCAAGCACUUAUCUCCUAUAGAGAUGGAUUCGUGCUGGUCGGUUCAGUCAGCGGACAAAGACACUGGUCUUCAGAAAUAAACUUGGAGAGUCAGAUCACCUGUGGCAUAUGGACUCCAGAUGACCAACAGGUACUGUUUGGCACUGCUGAUGGACAGGUUAUCGUCAUGGACUGCCAUGGCCGAAUGCUGGCCCACGUGCUCCUUCACGAGUCAGAUGGCAUCCUCAGCAUGUCCUGGAACUACCCCAGCUUCUUGGUGGAAGACAGCAGUGAGAGCGACACGGACUCUGACGACUAUUCCCCCCCCCAAGAUGGCCCAGCUGCGUAUCCAGUCCCGGUACAGAACACCAAGCCACUACUGACUGUCAGCUUCACGUCGGGGGACAUCAGUUUAAUGAACAAUUAUGAUGACUUGUCUCCUACUAUCAUCCGCUCAGGGUUGAAAGAUGUGGUGGUACAGUGGUGUACACAAGGAGACCUACUUGCAGUAGCAGGCAUGGAGAAGCAAAGCCAGCUGGUUGACCUUGGCAACGGUUCCCUGUUGAAAAGCGCACUUGUCAAGUUCUACAACGUGCGCGGAGAACACAUCUACACUCUGGAGACACCUGUGCAGCGUCCCAUCAUCUCGAUCUGUUGGGGUCACAGGGAUUCGCGCCUGCUGAUGGCUUCUGGACCUGCAUUAUACGUGGUCAGAGUGGAGCACAGGGUCUCCAGUCUGCAGCUGCUGUGCCAGCAGAGCAUCGCUAGCUGUCUGCGGGAUGACAAGGAUAUCAGCAAACUGACCCUGCCCCCUCGGCUCUGCUCGUACCUCACCACUGCCUUUAUACCAACAAUCAAGCCUCCUAUCCCAGACCCAAACAAUAUGAGAGAUUUUGUCAGCUACCCAACAGCUGGUAAUGAACGGCUUCAUUGCACGAUGAAGCGGACAGAAGAUGACCCAGAGGUCGGUGGUCCCUGUUAUACUCUGUACCUGGAAUACCUUGGGGGACUGGUGCCUAUCCUGAAAGGACGUCGUAUCAGCAAGUUGCGGCCAGAAUUUGUCAUCAUGGAUCCUAAAACAGAUGGAAAAGCAGAUGAAAUCUAUGGAAACAGCUUGAUUUCCACUGUGAUUGAUAGCUGCAACUGCUCUGACUCCAGCGAUAUCGAACUGAGUGAUGACUGGGCAGCAAAGAAAUCUCCCAAAAUCAGUCGAGCUAGCAAAUCACCCAAACUCCCCAGAAUCAAUAUAGAAGCUCGCAAAUCUCCAAAGAUGUCACGAGCUGCGCAGGAGAUAUCAAGAUCACCAAGGUUACCAAUAAGGAAACCUUCUAUUGGUUCACCAAGUCUAACCCGAAGGGAGUUUCCUUUAGAAGAUAUUACUCAG